AUGAUCCUCUUCAGCGGCAGAAGUGCGUUCCUUGUCAGGAUCGCGUGCAUCGUGCUCGUUCCAGCGGGAAUGAUCGCGGGCUCGAUGCUGUACUUCAUCGGCUUCCGGUGGGGCCUCAGCAUCCUCGUCGUCGUCACCGUUCUCUUCUGCGUCCACUGGCCGUUCGUCGCCGACCACAUCGGUGACGACGGGGGCGGGAGCCUCCCGGUGCGGCAAGUGCAGCAGCCGGCGCGCACCGACAUGCCCGUGCAACCGCGCUGCGUCGGCCUGGUUGCCUCGGCGAUCGCCGCCCUGCCAGCGUACUCAUACGAGAAGAAAGCCGGCGGCGACGAGUGCGCGGUCUGCCUCGGCGAGCUGCAGCGCGGGGAGGUGGUGAAGCAGCUCCCCGCGUGUGCGCAUCUGUUCCACGACGGAUGCAUCGAUGCGUGGCUGAGAUCGCACGUCACCUGCCCGCACAGCAAGGCUGUUCCGCAAGAUGGCGACGACAAGCGGCGUGUCGAGGAGCAGCCCAUUGUCAAGGUUUCGAGCAACAGCAAUGAGGAGCGGUGUGUCAAGGAGCAGCAUGCCCUUGAGGAGCAACUUGCCACCAACGAUGAGAAGUGUGCCGGCGACGAGGACUCGAAAGAGGAUGAUGUCGGCCUGGAGAUGUUUGUUCAAAAUUUGGACGAAGUUGACUUCGUGAUGGACUCUCUGGCCAGUGAUAUGGUUGUUCCGGACUCACAAGUCGAAGAUGUGACCAUGCUUAGUGAGUCGUUUAGUGAGAUUGAGGUUGACGUUGCAAGUUCCCUCAUGCAACUCCAUGCAACCAAGAUAAGUAGUUUCAUUAUUGUUUAG